AAUACCUACGGAAUCAGACCCCGUAGACACAACAAUUGAUGUUUUUGGACGCGAUAAAUUCAACGAAUAUCGUGAUGAUAUGGGUGGUGUUGGUUCUUUUAAUAGGGAGAAUCGAACACUUUACGUUGGGUAUAUCCACAUUAAUCCUGAUAUGGAGGCAAGUCGAAAGAAAGAUAUUAAGAUAUUAAAGGACAAGGGCGUGGCUUUUGUAACGUAUAUGAGUUCUCUCAAUGCAGAAUUUGCUAAAGAGGCAAUGAGCAAUCAGAGCUUAGAUCAUAACGAGGUGCGUAUUAAAAUUGACAAACUGCCACAGAUACCACAUAUUACAGAAUUAUGGGCUACCGAUGAUCCAAAUCCUCGUGCCAAAGCCGAAUAUAAAAGAAAAGCAGAAGCAAUUGCAGCACAAGCAAUACAAAAAAGUCUUCCUGCUGAAUUCACAUUAGGCAAUACCGAUUAUACAAACAAACGGCUUAGAACGAACUUUGAUUCUAUUACUGAUCAAUAUGGACUAGAGGGAUAUCAAACGCCAGUGGGUUUGGAACAGCCCGCUUUUUAUGAUAAAUCUGUUGGAAGUGGUGAUGAACAACAUUUAAAUACAGUAGUUGCACCUGCAGAAAAUGUUAAAGAUUCUUCACCCAUACAGCAAAAACCGUCAAUUGUUUCCGCAGAAACUCUUGAAACUUUGAAAUACAUUUCACAGAAUUUACAUUCAAAAAAUAUUAAUCCAACAAACACAACUUCUGUACAAAAGUCAAGCGAUUCAGCGCUAACAGGAUUAGCAGUUUAUGAUAUCAAACACGCUUCAGCAGCAUUAAACUACCGCCAACAAGUCUGUCCUAUCUAA